AUGUGUGAUAAGAAGCAAGCGUCCUCUCGAAGUCCAUCGUCUCCUCGAAGUCGGAAUCGUCAAUCAAACGGUUUCACUGACAGUGCAUCAUCCAAUGUAUUAAAUGGGCAAAUCUCAAAUGGAAAAGUCUCACCGUUUGCUAACCCCACGUUGAUGAACAUCCUUGUUGCACUGUUAGCCGGUGAACAGACGUCUACCUGUUUGAUUACGGCACAGAUGAAUAUGAUAUGUCAGGAUAUCGGAGUUCCUUCCAAAACAUGUAGUGAGAUUCACCGUUUAGCCUCACAGCUAGCUCAAACAAAUGCCAGCCUCACUCCUGAACAUAAGAAAGUCUCUGUUAAAGAUAAGCAUAGAUCAUUUCGAUCGUUCACCUGGGCAGAUGGAAAGGGACAGGUGGAGAAUAAGGAACGGAUGGUUCCGUGCUCCCAUUCUGGCCACUGCGAUGGAAACUCUCAAUGUGUUUGCUCUUCAGCUAGUGGGAUCUGUAGCAAAUUCUGUGGCUGUCCACCAGAUUGCCGAAUGCGGUUCCCUGGAUGUCGGUGUGCGCCAGGUAACUGUCGAACGAAGCAAUGCCAGUGUUACUUUGCGAGAUGGGAGUGCGACCCCGACUUGUGCAAAUCAUGCAAGUGCGGUAAGAAAUUUGUCGUCGCGAUGAAUAAGUUGUUACAAAUCCCUCUCGUAAUUGGUUGCAUUUUUAAUGACUUGUCUAUGGAUGGUGAAAAGUGCCGAAACGUUCCCCUUCAGCGUGGUCACCAAAAACUUCUUAAAGUCGGCAUAUCUGGUAUUGCAGGAUGGGGCUGUUUUAUUCAAGAAACUGCUGAUAAGGGUGAUUUGAUUGCGGAAUACACAGGUGAGGUCAUUUCAAAAUGGGAAUCUGAACGACGUGGUCUGAUCUACGACAAGUUUUGCACCAGUUACAUCUUUGGCAUGAAUAACGACCAGUUCAUCGAUGCCACUCGUGUAGGCAAUCUUAUACGUUUCGCCAACCACUCCAACAACAACGCUAACUGCUCGUCUGAGAUAAAAAUUGUAAAUGGGGAGCAUCGUAUUGGUGUAUAUGCCAGUCGACAUAUCUUAUUCGGAGAAGAACUGUUGUUCGACUACAAUUACGGUCAAACAUGGAAUAAGUUCGUUCCAAUUGAGAAGAGUAUCAAAGCGCAAGCAAAUCGAAGCACUCCAGACAGCGAUAGUAGUCGAACUGCUGGCUCUCAGAGUAAGCCCGACAAACUAAGGCGUACGGUGUUGAAGAAAUCUGUGAAGGCUGAACUGAAGACAUCCGAUGACGUUGCGCCUAAGAAGGAACCAAAGCCCCAUGACGACUCGUUGUCGUCAACGAAAUUAUCUAAGCAACGAGUGCGGUCACAAAGGAAGGCAUAG